AUGACACUGGAAGAGCUGCAUCGGUUGCGUGAGUUACGAGAAGCAUACGAGCGUGAGGAAGGUGAGAAGCCAAUUCGUGCCGAAAUUGAUGAGAUGGAUCGAAUGAACGUUGAGUUACCGGUAACGAAGAAGCACGAUACUGCUGAUAGAACUACACAUCUGAAUAAAAAUGAAGAUCGCGAUAGUAGACAUGUGCAUAGCAGACAUAUCGUGGUAAGUUCAGAUAAUGAUUUUUCAGUAGAAUUUUGA